AUGGAACUAUGCACUGUACUGUGUGACAAUAUGUUGAAAACUUUAUUGCCCACUUUCAGCUUUAUUCUUUCUCGCCUCUCUAUUUUUGUAUUUCAGUUGCAAAAAUUGUGAAUUAAAGAAAUUUAAUCGCAAUUUUAACUUUACUGACAAUAUUAAAUUGAACGUACUCGAGCUUUAUUCGGAAAAUCAAUACUAUCCAACAAGAUGUUAUAUUUCCAAACAAGGAGAGAGAGAGAGAGAAAGAGUUUUCCUAACUUUCGAAAUCAAUCAUUAUUGCUUAUUAAUCCUAAAAUUAUCAGUUUCAGAAGCGCCUGGAGGAGAAGUUCAAUGAGGUGGAUCAACUGAAGAGAGAAGUGUCAAAAUUUAACACCGACAGGUGAGCUUUUGAGAUCGUUUCUAGCUAUAAAUGCUUGCGUGAUUCCAUGAGAGCCACGUAUCAUAAAGGUGUCGUGCACUACAAAACAUCAUUUUUAAAGUGAAGUUCAAAGUGGGGCAGUCAUGUUCCAAAAUCCCACAUUCUGAAAAAAAUUGCCCCGAAUUUUGCUGGAUUUACCAGAAAAGCUAAGGAGCCACGAGAAGUACAUUUUUCAGAAUUUGGGACUUUGGGAAUAUGAAUGAAGAAAUUGAGAAAUGAAUACGUGAACUUUCUAAGCCGCUUCCAAGCGUCAUUUUCUCGGACCCAGUCUCAAAAGUCUUGUUUUGAUAUAAUAUUUCCAACUUCAAAAAAAAAUACUUCCAAACUACUAUAGUUCUACAAAUGUAAACGCGUUCGAAACGGUAGAUCCGAUAACAUGAUUCUCUCGGGUAUGUUGUGAAGAGAAACGUGGAAUUUUAUGUAAAGAUUACGAAUUUCCGGUGUUGACUUCGCGUGUGUGAGAUAGCAAGCAUAGUAACUUAGAUAUUUGCGUGAUAUAGCACUACAUAUAUAUGUAAAUGAAUUAUUUAUAAACACAGAUAUACUUAAUUUACCGCUCUUGCCCCCUCGGUGUUUGCGUACUCAAGCCUAAUUUCAGAAAUUUUGGCUUGAGUCUGCAAACACCGAGGAGCAAUAGCGAUGAAUUGAGUUUAACUUACUUUCUGUUCGUCUCGUUCAACUAUUUCCAAUUGCAGAGCAAUGUGGCUAUCGAAACAACCGCAAGAUGUGACCACUUUGAUGGCUGAGAAGCAGGAACUGAGGAAGCAACUUGAUAGAGAACAAAGUGAAAAACAGGAACUAUUCAUGCAGGUUUACUGCUCUUAAUAUUGAUGACUGAAAGUUCGAAAUUAGAUCAAUUCAAUGAUAGCAAAACUGGCGGACGGUGGUGACCAGAAUGAGAUCAUCCAGUUGAAAUCUGAUGUCAGUUUACUAAAAAGGGAACUGGAAGCUGAAAAACAGUCAUCGAAUUCCGAAUCAGCUCGACUAAUGUCUGAGCUACAGAAGGCGAAAAGUGAAAUUCAAGUGAGCUCAAAAAUUUGCAAAAUUUAGCUUGAAAGUUGCGCAUCUAUUUAGAGCAAUCUGUCGCUCUACCUCUAUCUCACGUGAAUACCCGGCCGCGGCACUGAAUUCACGUGGAGAGCGGUAGACGCGAUUACACACACACCAUUGUUUUUUUCAGAACGCUGUGAAAUUUGGUGAUGAUGAGAAAGAGGCCAUGAUCCAGGAAAUUGAUUAUUUGAAACAGCAACUGAGCAUCAAAACGGCGUCUUUACAAUCUCUUAUGUUGGCUAAAUCGGAUAAUACUAAAUCUGAAAAACUCGCCGAAAUGAAUGAUUCAAUGAAAUUACAACUUGAAGCGCUGCAAAAACAAGUGAAUGAUUUGAAAAAGGAAGGGAAUGAGAAAACAAUUGAAAUUAUGAAAAUGCAGGAGUAAGUCUGUUCAACUCUCAAAAAAAUCUAAUCAAUAGUUGCUCACGUUUCAGCACAAUUUCACUGGCGGCUGUGGCUCGAGAGAAUAUGGAUUCAUUGGAAGUAAAAAUAACGGACAUUAAUAGGUCGCUAAUUGAAGAGCAAAGUCAGAAAUCGCAACUACACGCACAGGCAGAAACAUUGAAGAAUGCUCUGCACACUUCCGAGGAAACGCUUUCGAAAUUAAAAGUCAAACUUGCACAAUUUGAAGAGAGUGCUCUUGUUUUGAAGAACGAGAACGAGAAACUGAAACAGAAUCAAAGAGAAGCCACAAUAUCUGACAGUUGUCGAAUCAAGGAGUUGACGCAAGCUUUAAGUGAUGAAAGAGACAAUAUUGCCAUUCUAAAUGUACAAUUACGCGAGAAGGAUGGCAAAAUCGAUGUAAGCUUAGAUUUGUAAUGUCUAAUAAUGUCAUGACACAGUAAGCGUGAAAAUUUCUUGAAUCAGAUUCUAACAAACAUUAUAUUAUCGCGGCAUUUCUUUGCAAUAGCGCUCCGUUCCUAAUCUGGCCGACUUUCUCGGCCGCGAAGUUAUUUUUCACUGAAAAUGUGGCCUAAAUUUUCAAACUCGGCCUCGAGGUCAUUGCAAUUUGCACUGAAAAAAUAUUUUCUCAACAGAGCGCGAGUGCAGCGAAAUACACCCAUAAUAACUUCUAGUUAUAUCGCAAACGAAUUAUUUUCAGAGAACGCAAGUUGAACUUCUUGCUGCCGAAUCACUAGCUCAUCAGGCUGAAGAGGAGAUCAAAGUUCUACGGGAGCGUUUAUUGAAAUCUGAUGAUAUUAAGGAUUCAAAUCAACAGUUGCAACUCUCGCAGGCCGAGUUUUCACGAAUGGAGGAUAAAAUCCAGUCGGUUCAAAAAGAUCUUAUCAUCUCCGAAAGGACCGUAGAAAAAAAAGAAAUUGAAUUUGGAAAGAUUAAUUCUGCAUUAUCGGAAUCAGAACAGCAAUUGGAGAAGUAUAAAAAACUAUGUGACCAACUGAGAGAAGAGGGAAAACAGGAAGUGUACGAAUGUUGAGAGAGUACAUUGGGAAGUAAUAAAAAGUUGUUCCAGAAUAUUGUUAAAGUUUCAAGUGUCUCAUCUAGAGUUGGAACUCCAAUCCCAGAAGAAAAUGUUGGAAUCUGAUUCAAAAGCGGCCGUGGCCGAUGAGAUUAGCACUUUGAUGAGUUCCCUCAACUCGGUUAGAGAAGAGAAUAAUCAAUAUGAAGAUAAUAUUCGCGGUCUUCAAAAGGACAUUCGUGGUCUGCGAGAUGAAUUAUAUCAGUAUCAAGACCAAUGUUCGCAGUGGAAGUCUAGAACCGAACAAGCAGAAUUCGAAUUGGCGAACCACAAUCAAAAGUUUGGGAAAGCUGAUCAAGUUUCAACUAUGACACACUUUUUCAGUUUUCUGCAUAUAGAAGAGUCUCGUGCUGUUGAAACCCAACGAUUAGAGAGUGAGAAAGUAGCACUGGAAAAGGCAGUUGAGGAGGCGUUGAAGGAUAAAGAUCGGACAGAACGCAACGCUACUGAGUCAAUUGCCGAAGUGAAGAGAGAAAUGACGGAAACGUGCAUCAAUUCGGACAGACAAAUUCAGGAUUUGAAAGAAAAAGUCAAUAGUUUGACGUUAGAACUCGACUCCUCCCGGCGACGAACAGAACAUAUUCAUGGUCAGAGAUAACAAAAAUUUCCAUUUAAACGUAUUAGAUUUGCAGAGGAACAGAGCAAAUUUAUUGGAUCUCACGAAGAAGUGAAAUUGAAAUUGAUGAAACAACUGGAAAGUGCACAGCAAGAAGUUGAAGAAAUUAAACCCAAGCUGGAACAGCAGAAAGUAAAAAAUAAAGAAUUGGAGAUGAGUCUGAUCGGAUCAGAGACGACUUCGAAGGAUCUGCUGUGUCAAGUCGAAAACUUCCAGAAGGUAUGUCCACCCUCGGAAAAAAAGUUUUUUUUGCAACAUAGUAUUGAGGCAAUCUAGUUUACGCUAUAUAUUUGAAAGCAGCCACUUACCACGUUUCAGUCUUUCUAAAAGUGGCAGAAAAAGCGUGAUGACCUUAACGUUUCAUAUUUUUGCGGUAGAGCGUCACUGCCAGAAUUGUGUGGUUCUAGUACAAUACUCAAUGUUUUCGAUUAAUAAGAGUUCUUGCAGCAAAUUGAGGAUCUAAAAGCGCAGCUACAUGCAGCUGAAGAUCUGGCAGACCGUCUACAAGAGGCACAAAUUCUGAGCGGAAACGUGGAAUCAAAGUUCACAGACUUGCAAGCCGAAAACAAGGUUAAGAUGGAUAAGAUGAAGGAGGACUACAAAGCAGAAAUAGACAUACUUAAAGAGGAGUUGAAGAAGAGUCACACAGAGCACACAUCGUUGGAAAAUGUGCUGGAAGAGCAACAGAAGGAGCUGAUUCGUCAAAGGCAGGAAAAUGAUCAAUUGAGCGAGGAGUUGCAAAAUGGUAAUCAGAAUUUCGAACUGGAACAGAUGGAAAAAGAUAAACAUGUUUUGGAAGUAACUAUAAAGAAACUGGAAUCGGAGAACGCAGAGAAGCAGAGAACAAUUGAAGAGUUAGAGAAGAAAGUCUGUAAACUUUCUGAAAAAAAUGAGAAGUUAGCGAUUGAAGUGCAUAAUAUCUCGAAAUCCCUGGAUUCGAGUUCAGCUAAACUGAUUGGUGCGGAAAAUGAAAAAAGAAAAGCGGAAGAGGAAGUGCAGCAAUUGAAGAGCUCAGUUUCUUCCGAGGAAGUAUGUUCCCAUUUCAUUUAUUUUGCAAUUUUUGUUCUCAGGUCGAAAUGAAGGAAAUAACCGCCGAGAACGCCCGUCUCGCCGGUGAACUUUUACGUUUCCACGUGUCCGCUGACAAGACCCUUCAGGAAGAAAGAGAAAGAAUUUCGAAGCAGUUUGAAGAAAGACUCACUACGUACGAUUAUACCAUUUUCUAGAGAACCACCCUGAAACUAUGAAAUGCUCUAAAUCAGAACUAUGCCACAGCAAGAAUCUCCAUAAUCAGUAUUAUGUGUAGUCUGCCCUGUACGCAUGCUUAAAAUCAUUUUUUCUAAAUUUCGAUAGCAGCGGGCCCAGCUUACAAAAAAAAUACGUAUUAAGGAAGAACGCUAACACCUCUCUUUUGAAGGUCAAAUUUGGAAAAAACACGACUAGCAUCAGAACUUCAAAUGAACGACGCUAAGCGAAUUUCACUGCAGAAACAAGUCGAUGAACUCCAAGUCUCGUUGGAAAAUGCCGAAAAAAGGUGAUUAGGUUAAAUGACUGAACAGAUGAAUCAACUUGCAUGAUUUUCAGGCGACGUGUGGACAUUCAACAUCUUGAUAAUCUGAGAGAAGAGCUUCAUCAAAUCAAGAAUAACAACGAAAAGUAUGUAUUGACUUGAAAGCCUUUCCAUCCUUGUCCACUGUAACCGCUCAGCCGAUUUUCCAUUCGAUUUCGGCAAACGCAUUAACGAUCACUUUGUCGAAAACCGAUGAGAAAAGGGCAAAAUAAGCGACGGAGCCUGGCGGUUACGGGUGACAACACGAGUCUGCUUACACCGCGAAAUAACGCAAAAAGGAUCAAUAAAUACGGGAUCACGGUCUCCAGAGCUGACAAUGGGCGCAAGUGCGCCCCGCCCAAUAGAGCGAUACAUUGGCGCAAAAUUCAAAUUUUAACAGCGAAAUUUGUGUUUUUUGCCAGAUUAGCUACUAAAAACCGAUAAUUUCUUAUUUGUCUCUCGAUAGACCGAUUGUAUAGGCUAUUACGAAUUUUUUAAGCGCUUGAGCGUUAAAUGUGGUCAAGUUGCAAAUCCCAUUUAUCCGUUUGAAGGUUUUUGGCUAAAACUGCGUGAAUUUCAGUUGUUUUUCGGUAGUUUUCGCGGUUCGAGCGCUCAAAAUGCUUGUAUUUACGUGAUUUAUCAUUCUCAAAACCAAUUCUGUCUGAAAACGGUCAAGAAAGCGCAAAAUGAGAAGUGCGGUUUUUAGGCGGCGAUCGGCGGCGAAGGCGAAAAUGCAAAGUGCGCCAAAACUUCAUUAAUUCUGAGAAUUAGUGUGUUUUCAUGUCGAACAAUCAUUUUUCAUCCCCUUUGACCACAAAAAUCAGAGAAAACCUGCUCAAUUCAUGAAAACGCCAUUUGGCCGAGGCGACGCCCAUAUUGUCAGCUUUGGAGACCGUGGCGGGAUUUAUAUUUUCAGGCUCAAAAACAAUACACCGAUUGCUCCUCCACGACCAUCAACUAGAACAAUUUCAAACAUGUCAUCAAUGACAAACUGGACCCAAGCUGAUUUUAGUGAUUGUGAAGAUCUGACCAGGCUGCGAUCUGAAAUAGACAAGUACUUUAGCAGAACUUUGAUACUUCAAGAUUUUCGAUUCAUUAUUGCAGACAAAAAAGAUUGAUUAUCGUUUUGCGGAGAAAAUUGCAAGGAUUGCAACAACAAUAA